AGCAUCAGAGACAGUGUGGACAUGGACAUUCCAGACCUCUGAGGUCACACUGCUGGACAUUUAGUAGAAGAAUAGUAACAACCUACGAGGCUCAUGGGUAAUGAGCGUCUGUUGUUUCCAGUGAGAGACGACAUGUCACAACAGGUUUUCAUAUAUUUAUCAGAUUCAUAAUAAAAGUUAGUUUAUCAGAUGUGACUCGGAUGAUUUCUGUUGAACAAUGACACUGGGACACGAAGACGUUUACUCUCCACAGAGCUGCUGGUUUGUCCUGAAUACUUGUUAUAGACAGUCACUGAUCCUCUGUAUAAACAGUCUCUCAUAGUCUGUAUAAACAGAGCAGCCGUUAGCCGUUCCCAGUUUCUCUUCCUGUUUUUCUUGAUGAUGAAGAUGAUGAUGAUGUAACGCUCCCCUCGUCCUAUCAGAGCAGCAGAGCAGAGUCUGGAGUCUGUGGCUGAGGGUCUUUCAUCCAGACGUGUGUGACUCUUCAUCAACGGACGACAGCAGAAAUGGAUCCUGAUAAUAAGAGAGGUGAGGCUGUUCCACUGUAUGAGGGGAAGUAUAAUGCGUACCCUGAACAGCAGGGACAGUUCGGCCCCUCUGGACAGUUUGGCCCUUCUGGACAGUUCGGCCCCUCUGGACAGUUCGGCCCCUCUGGACAGUUCGGCCCCUCUGGACAGUUCGGCCCUUCUGGACAGUUCGGCCCUUCUGGACAGUUCGGCCCCUCUGGACAGUUCGGCCCCUCUGGACAGUUUGGCCCUCCUGGACAGUUCGGCCCCUCUGGACAGUUCGGCCCUUCUGGACAGUUCGGCCCUUCUGGACAGUUCGGCCCCUCUGGACAGUUCGGCCCCUCUGGACAGUUUGGCCCUCCUGGACAGUUCGGCCCUUCUGGACAGGGCGGACAGCCUGGACAGCCUGUUGGACCUGUAGUGGUUGACCAUACCACUGUGGAGAUCACCACUAAGCCCCCCCGGGACCACAUCAUCUGGUCCAUACUCAGUCUUUUCUACGCAAACAUUUGCUGCCUCGGACUGGCAGCUCUCAUCUGCUCGAUCAAGGCCAGAGACCGCAAGAUGGUUGGAGAUAUGGUUGGUGCCCGACACCACGGCUCCACCGCCCGCAGACUCAACAUCAUCAACUCCUCUCUGGUUAUCGUCUUGAUCAUCAUUUCUAUUAUUCUCUUCUUCUAUGAACCAAUGAUCCAGGUAUUCAUCAUCGUCUUUUGGAGAAGCAGGUUGUAAACGAGCAGAGACGUCAGCUGUUGCUGCUCGAUUCUCUGAUCUGUCACAUUUUAUACAUUUUAUACCUUAAACAUGUGAACACAACUGAUUUGUAUUUGUGUCUCCAAACAGUUUCAUUUGACAAUAAAAGAGUUUCCUAACCCGUGAGAA